CCUCCUCACACCACAAAAAAAAAAAAAGAUGUCCGAACCCAUCCCCGAAUCCAUCCCCACGAGCGCCGACCCUCGCAGCAAACGCCCAACCAAGCGGCGCGCUCUCGGCGGCCCGGGACAAGGGGGAAGCCACACCUCAACCGCACAAUCGGAGCAAGCAUCGCAGAUCGAAUCGUUGAUGCGGGACCCUUCGCGAGAAAUCCGGCUGCCGGAGUCCGCCGCCUCGAGGCAGCAGCGCAGCGCGCUGCCGCCGCCGCCGGAGAUUGUCGCCAACGUGCAGGGGUCGUCGGCGGGGGCCGGGUCGGGCGAGUUCCACGUGUACAAGGCGAGUCGGCGGCGGGAGUACGAGCGCAUGCGGAUGAUGCAGAACGAGGUCAUCCGGGAAAAGGAGGACGAGGAGUGGGAGCGGAAGCAGGCAGAAGCAAAACGGAAGGAUGAGGAGAAGACGGAGAAGAAUCGGCGGCGGAGGGAGAAGAAGCGGAAUGCGAGGAAGGAGGGUCCCAAAGCCCAGGCGAACGGUGGUGGUGCGGAUCGGAUGGUUGUGGAUCGGGAUGUGAGUACAGCAGUAAAGGAUGGAGAUGGCAUGCUACAGGAUGCUGUUGGCACGGCGGAAUAUGACAAUGGGGAGGCUGGGGGAGAGGUACAGGGGAUUAUUAUCCACGAGGAUUGAGCGAGUGUGCGGGAACAUGGUGGAGUGUGGAAGAUGAGAUGGUAGGAUUUAAAGUUGUACGAUAUGAAGAUACCCAUUAGUUUGAAGUCUAGGAUAUUCAUACAGAAUU